UUUCAGUCCCCAUCAUCAGUGACGUGCACUGGAUGAGUGGGUGGAAGACGCCAUGAAGACCAUUGGCCACUUGUUGAUGUUCAGGGCCAAACUCCUCCCUACAUAAUAACCCUCCACAACACAUUAACUAUCAAUCGCAGCCUAUCCAUGGAACUUACUAGUGUAGCACAAAGCUACAUUUUCAACAAGCCUCACUACCCAGGGAACCAUUAAUCAAUUUCAGAUCUCACCAACUUAAUUGGACAUCACACAGCAGGGUGGAGGAGUCCUCUCUGCAGAACAAGCAGCAUGUUUCAGGAGAUCUUGGCCUUUGCUCUAAGCACUUCGGGGUGGGUGCUGGUGUCUUCGACUUUGCCGACGGACUACUGGAAGGUAUCUUCACUUGAUGGAACAGUCAUCACCACAGCUACCUACUGGUCCAAUCUUUGGAAAGCCUGCGUCACUGAUUCAACUGGAGUCUCCAACUGCAAAGACUUUGCCUCGCUGCUGGCACUGGAGGGCUACAUUCAAGCAUGCAGGGGAUUGAUGAUUGCAGCCGUCUGUCUGGGGUUUUUUGGUUCUAUAUUUGCCCUUGUUGGAAUGAAAUGCACCAAAAUUGGAGGGAGUGACAAAAACAAAGCUAGGAUUGCCUGCUUUGCAGGUGUAAAUUUCAUUCUUAGUGGCCUUUGCUCACUUUCAGCAUGCUCACUAUAUGCACACCGGAUAACAUCGGAGUUUUUUGACCCAAUGUAUAUGGCACAGAAGUAUGAACUGGGAGCUGCUCUCUUUAUCGGCUGGUCAGGUUCUAUACUCUGUAUCCUCGGAGGCAGCAUGCUCUGCUUCUCCAUCUCAGGAUCUUUUACCAAAAGCCACAGUCAGGCAAACUAUAUCUACAACGGUGCGGCCUCACAUUCUCAUAUCUCCUCAUACCCGAGAGGACAGGCAACGUCUGUAAACCCGAGGCCGCCUCCAGACUACAGCAACUCCUCCAGGACACAGCACUUUGAUAAGAAUGUAUAUGUGUGAGGGAUGUGAAUGUAAAGCACUGAAUAUAGCACUGUAUGCAACUUGGUGGUGUCUAAUAGAGACACAAUUUGUGGCUCUCCAGGAAAUAAAUUUAGAAUAUUUCUGAAUUUAAACUUUUAUGAUGCAGUUUACUCUCUGAUGAUGGGAAUUUUCUAUUUUCUAUACAGCAGACAGCUUCUGUAUUUGGCAGUUGUACAUAUUAGUGUGCAUUGGAUUUAAGGAUUAUGUAUGUAUUAUGAUUAAAUAGUAAAAUCAAAAACAUAUGCAUGGUCCAGAA